AUGGCUAUCUCCCGCCGGAUUACCGCAGCCGCACUGCUCGCCUCGACCCUUUCGAUCCAAGCAGCCGCCGUUGAUGUCGAGAUCCCGGUGUCAGCCGCUACCUCGGACAUCGAGUCUGACUGGGCAUCUGUUUACUAUGGCAAGACCCCACUCCUGUUGGGCAAUGACGGAACUGCCGCUACCGGAGGCUGGCUCGCCUGGGACCUCAACUCGGCCUCGCCCCUGAACCAAGUUCAUGCCGAGACUCCGGGUCGCCGCACCAAACUCGUAACCACCAUCCAUGGCCGCGAUGACAACAAGAAGCCGACUGGUCUCGCCGUCAGCAUUAGCCAGCCGGACUCGGUGCUCCGGGCCUGGGAGUUGCCCGAUUUCGACGAGGUCAAGUCGGCUCGCAGCACUGUGCUUGGCGAUUGGUCGGCUCUGUGCUCGUGGAAGAGCCCGAGCGGUCAUGACUACGUCUACCUGUUUGGCAAGAAGGAAGCCAAGGUAUUCCUGGUUCGGAAGGAUAAAGACGAGGAUGACUAUGAAGACGCCAAGUUUGUGGAGAUCCAAACAUUCCCUCUGUCGGUUGAGGCGUCGGGCUGUGCUACCUCACCUUCCCUCGGCAAGAUGUUUGUCUCGGCUGAUGACGACAAGGACGUGUACGUUUUUGACCUGGUCGAGUCCACCGCGGCCCCUGCCAUCAGCAAGAUUGGUGAAGCCGAGGACGACGUGACAGGAGUGGCUGUCUACGUAUCCGCCACUACCGGUGUCGACUACCUCCUCGUGGCCAUGGAAGAUACCGUGGCUGUGUACGGGCCCCCAUUCGACUUUAUUGGCAACCUCAAACUCGUCGGACAGGAAGACAUCGAAAUCCAGGGUCUUGCCGUCUACCAGGGUUCCACGUCCAAAUACCCCAGCGGUGUGCUUGCGUACGCCAUUGAAUCCGACGACGUUACCGGCUUUGGUGUCAGCUCGCUUGACGGCGCCAUUCAGGAGUUGGGUCUGGAAGGCAACACCAAGUAUGACCCCAGCCUCGAGUGCAAGAAGUCAUCGCCUAUUUGCAGCUCGUGCUCGAACAAUGGCUUCUGCGCCCAGAACGGCAAAGGCAUAGAGUGCUCCUGUUUUGCAGGCUGGCAAGGCAAGACCUGCAACACAUACACCUGCGAAGACAACUGCUCUGGCAACGGCCAGUGCGUGGGGCCAAACCAGUGCAAGUGCAAGACCGGCUGGGGCGGCCUCCACUGCUCCUUCGUCGUCGUUCAACCCGUAGCCGAGACGGAUGCCAACGGCGGCGACGGAGAUGACCCGGCCAUCUGGAUCUCGCCCUCGGACCGCAGCCAGUCGCGCAUCAUCACCACGACCAAGUCCGAGCAGGGCGCCGGCCUCGGCGUGUUCGACCUCUCCGGCAAGCUCCUCCAGACCAUCCCCGCCGGCGAGCCCAACAACGUCGACGUCAUCUACAACUUCCAAGCCGGCCCGCGCAAGAUCGACCUCGCCUACGCCGCCUGCCGCGCCGACGACACCCUCUGCCUCUUCGAGAUCACCCCCAACGGCACGCUCACCCCCAUCCCCGGCGGCAGCCAGCCCACCCCCCCGGACUACGAAGUCUACGGCUCGUGCACGUACCGCUCGCCGACCACCCAAAAGCAAUACCUCUUCGUCAACGCCAAGUCGGCCCAAUACCUGCAAUACGAGCUGGGCGCCACCGCCAACGGCACGCUCACCACCACGCUCUUGGCGGGGGGGAAGGGCACGAGUGAGGAGGCGAGCUUCAAGUUGGUGCCGUUGGAGCGGAUUUUGGGGGCCGAGGUGGUGAAGCAGUUGGGGUUGAUGGAGGAGGUGGAUAGUGAUUGGGAUCCGAGGGCUUGA